AAUUCACCUAUAAACAUCUUCCUCUCUGAGACGUCUCUACUCUCUACAUUUUUUCUUGUUCUUAACUUUGCAUUUAUGUGAAUUUUAUAGCUUCUUCUUAUCUCAGUGGCAUUUGCUAUUUUUGCGGAGAUAAGGUCCGAUGAAUUGACGACACACCACCACCGCUGCUCCCGUUUUCUUCCAUUUUCGUCAAUCAAGCAUCGUAACCCCAUAAUCUGAUAUUUGUUAACUCCAAUUUUUAGUCGUGAGAUUCUGUUUCCUUUAUGUGAGUUAACUUUAAUCAACUGUUUCUACACUUACUAAUCUUGAAUUCCCUAAUUUCUGUACUCUUUCCUUUUCUGUAGCUGUUGUUUUUCCAUCUGGGUUUGUUGGGUUUUCUUUCUUUUCUUCUGUUAGUAAUUAAUGAGACCUAGGGUUUUUGAAGUGCAUUGUGUUUGAGCAAUCUUGUUUGAUUACUUGUUGUACUAUACUUUUUGAAUUAGGGAAGGGUUGAUUGUUGGAAAGUUUACAUUGUACCCACUAAAGGAAAAAAAUUGGUUUUUCUGUAACAAUCAAGUGAUAAAGGUAGGAUUUUUAGCUUCCAAUUCCUUAUUUUCAAGAGGAAGGUUUCUUAUUUCUUUUUCCUUUCUGGACAAUAAGUGUGUUGGGAUGUUUGUGUUGGUUUGAGGUUCCUGCUUUCUCAUUCUUUUGGGUAUAGCUGUCAGUGUGUAAUCUUUUUGCUCAUGGUUUGAGCUUUCUUGUUUUUGUAUGUUAUAUUACUCUAUUUUAUCAGUUUUGGGAAUUGAACAUUUUGGGUAGUCAGAUCUGCUGUUAAAAUGGAUUUUACGGGUGAAGCUGGUUUUGCUGGAGGGAAUGUGAUCCCAGAUUCCACAGCCGGAGGUGGUGGUUAUGACAGUUGGGGUCCUAAUUUUUCUGACCAGGCAGUUUGGGCUACUGAGGAUGAUUAUAAAGCCUGGAACACUGGUCCCUUUUGUGAAACCCCUUCCAAUUCCAGUCAGGAUGGUAGGCAUUCACAAAACCGGUCGGGGAGUGAGCCUCCUAACAAGAAGUCAAGGAAUGUGCAGGACUCAGAUGCUCGCAUUAUAGUCACCAGUAGUUCUAAAGCAAUCGGAAAGAUGUUCUUUAAAACUAAAUUGUGUUGUAAAUUCCGUGCUGGUGUCUGCCCCUAUGUUACUAAUUGUAACUUUGCUCAUGGAAUAGAGGAGCUUCGCAAACCACCUCCUAAUUGGCAAGAGAUAGUAGCUGCACAUGAAAAUGAGCGGGGAGUAAUGGUGGAACUGAGAGAAGAACACCAGAUACCAAUAUUGAGCUCUCCUGAUUUACGUGGGGAGUCUCAAAGGUCCGCUAAAGGGAGGCACUGCAAGAAGUUCUACACUGAAGAGGGAUGUCCUUAUGGAGAUAGUUGCACUUUCCUUCACGAUGAACAAUCACGGUCUAGAGAGAGUGUUGCAAUAAGUGUGACUCCUACUGUUGGUGGAUUUGGAAAUAAUGCUACUGGAGCAACCCAAAAGCCUUCAAACUGGAAGACAAGAAUUUGUAAUAAGUGGGAGACUACUGGUUAUUGCCCGUUUGGCAGCAAGUGUCAUUUUGCUCAUGGUGUGGCAGAACUGAACAAGUUUGGUGGAGGACCUGCAGAAACAGAUGGCAAAGAUUAUGUCUCUGUUCCUCCAGAAUUAAAGCAGGGCGGGGUUCCAUCAAGAGCAACAGAAAGUACAGUUCCUUCAACCAUUCCAGCACUCCACACAGAUGUUUAUCAUCUGGGGCAGGGUGUUCAGGUACAAAGGCCAACUGGCAUAGCUGAUAGGCCUGGCCAAAGGUUCUUUAAAAAAUGGAAAGGCCCGGAUAAGAUUAGUAAAAUAUAUGGCGACUGGAUUGAUGACAUCGAAUGAAGGAGUUGUCCUAAUUAACUACUGAUCUGUUUAGCAAGACACCAAAUAGCCAAGGUUUGCUUUCAGCCUUGCACCCAAAGGAAUUUUACCUAGUGUUUUUUUCCCCCUCUGAACCUUGUUGUAUUAGAGCUACAAACUAGAUAGCUGCUAGGCAGUCGAUGUUUAUUCACUUUUCUGUAUUAUUCACAACUUUUUUGUAAGAAUGAUGAUUGGCUAAAAUCUCUAUACUUGAGCCUUUGUCUUGCAUGGA